CAAACAGGUACUUCGAUCUCGGUUUUAUUAGCGCCUCUACGAGUUCUUCCGGGAACUCAGUGACGUCAGUAUGUGGGCGUGUUAAUAUCUGUGGGAACCGUUUAGCAAAUGCCAUUGGCUGGUUUCGCAAGAGCAUCUAGCGUUUGAUUGGCUUGAGGGCGUGGCUAUUGUUCAUUCUUCGCUUCGGAUUGGUUUGCCCUCUCUGUGGGCGUAGCCCUGGCCUGAGUUGGGAUAUGCAGGCCGGGCACCUAAUGAAAUCGAAAUUUGCGCUCUGAGCCAGGCGGUAGCACCGAUUCCCACUGCUCAUCUACCUCACCAGCUAAUUGCUCGGCAUGAAGGGAGGAGCCUUGCACUGCCGCUGCUCCAAAUGCUUUGCUGCUCCUCCGAAGCGGCGAGUAAAGAGGCGACCCCGCGUGCUGACCUUGCUCAGUCUGCCGGAAGAUGUUCUUCUCUAUGUGCUGGAAUGCCUGCCUGCUGUGGACAUCCUAUCCAUGCGAGAGGUUCAUCCACAUUUGAGGUCCCUGGUGGAUUCUCACAGUAGUGUUUGGGCUCGUGCCUCUUUCCAAGAUGUCUGGCCUUCUCCUGAAAACUUGAAUCUCUUUGAAAGGGCAGCUGAAUGCGGUAACUUCGAAGCGUGUGUGAAGCUAGGGAUCGCUUACUUGUACAAUGAAGGCUUGUCCUUGUCAGACGAUGGGAGGGCAGAAGUGAACGGACUGAAGGCCUCUCGUUUCUUCAGCCUGACUGAACGCCUGAAUUCUGGUGCAGAUCCCUUUGUGUGGCUUUUCAUCCGCCCCCCUUGGUCCUCGUCUGGAAGCUGCUGUAAGGCGGUGGUGUUUGACAGCCUGAAAGAGGAGUGUGGGACUGUUACAAGUGAAGAAGGGGCAACGGGGGCUCUCAAAGGAUCAAUUCAGUAUUGUCUGGCAAAAGUUCUGAGCCUGUUUGAGGAUGAUGACAAGAAGAGAGAAGCUCUGGGAAUGCUUGAAUCGUCUGCCUCCCAUGGCUGUUUGCAUAGCUCUUACUUACUCUGGGAAACCAAACAGAAAACUGCUUUAUCAGACCCUGGCAGAUACCUACAGAGCUUUAGGCAGCUACGAGAUUAUGCGGCAAGGGGUUGCUGGGAUGCACAGAUUUCCUUGGCGAAGGCUUGUGGUCACAAGAACCAGCUGAGCCAGGAGCAGCGAUCAGCUAGUGAAUUGGUAAACCAAGUAUUCCAGUCAUCUCUGCCUAUCAACAAAACCAGCAUCUUUACCACUCAGAAGGGCAUGAAUGACACUAUGCGGUACAUCUUAAUAGACUGGCUGGUAGAGGUUGCCACUAUGAAAGAUUUCUCCAGUCUUUGUUUACACAUGACAGUGGGUCUGGUGGACCGGUACUUAAAACUGCGCAGCGUCCCACGGGCCAAGCUCCAACUGGUGGGAAUUGCCUGCAUGGUCAUAUGCACACGCUUUAUUAGCAAAGAGAUCCUGACAAUCCGAGAAGCAGUGUGGCUGACUGAUAACACCUAUAAGUAUGAGGAUCUGGUUCGGAUGAUGGGAGAAAUCAUAUCUGCACUGGAGGGCAAAAUAAGGAUGCCCACCGUGGUAGACUAUAAAGAUGUCCUGUCUCACCUCAUCCCUCUGGACAGGAGCACUCUGCAUCUAUGCAGCUAUAUUUCAGAGCUUUCCCUACUGUACACAGAGCUGUCCACGUAUUCACCGGCUCAACUAGCUGCUGGCGCACUGCUGCUGGCCAGGAUACUGCACAAGCAAGCACGUCCGUGGCCUGCCCAGCUUGCAGAGACGACAGGCUUCACACUGGAACACCUUACUCCAUGUGUUGUACUUCUGCACAAGAAAUGUUUCCACGAUGAUGCGCCCAAAGAUUACCGGCAAGUGUCCCUGACCGCUGUGAAACAGCGCUUCCAGGAUGAUCUUUAUGAUCAGAUCAGUAAAGAGAAGCAGGUGAUGGAUCACAGUCAUCUGUGUGAGCUGCUUGGAGUCCCGUGCCGUGAUUCAGAGUCUCCCGCAUCUUGUCCUAACGCCGCUGACUUCCAUCAGUUCCUGUGCUCUCCUUCUGGGAGCAAAACAAAGAGGCGCAGGGAGGACAGCAUACAAGAGGACAGGGGAAGCUUUGUCACCACUCCCACUGCUGAACUCUCCAAUCAGGAGGAGGAUCUGCUUGGAGACUUCCUAGACUGGAGCCUUGAAACCUCUUGUUCUGGUUAUGAAGGGGAUCGGGAAAGUGAAGGCGAGCGGGAAGGAGAAGUAACCGCACCCAGUGGAGUCCUGGAUCUUUCACUCCUGAUUACUGAACACCAGCAAUGCCAGGAUACCACCAGUGAUGACGACUCUCUCGUCCCACUCCACCCAAUCCCAUUGCUGUCCAAGUUAGAAAAUGGAACCCACUCCACAGAAGGGUGUGCAGAGAAAAGCUCUGGUUAUUCUUCAGUAAGCAGUGGGGGCAGCCCGACAUCAUCUUCCUCUCCUCCAGGCCUCCCGUUCACCCCAACCCCAGGACUAAACCACAGCAAACUGAUGCCUAUUCCCUUUCCCCAGCCAUGCUCACCUUUGUUCAAGGCAAGCCGCAGGCAGGUAAAGAGGAAAAACCAAGCGCAGCACAGUGAAGAUAACCUCUCUGAUGAACUGUAAAGAACUCAACCCUUCCAAAUUUUGUACAGAGAUAUAUGUAUAGAUAUAUAUAUUUGGCAUUAAAAGAGAAAAUUCUGUAA